AUGGCCUCGCUGGACCUGCCCUACCGCUGCCCCCGCUGCGGGGAGCACAAGCGCUUCCGGAGCCUGUCGUCCCUGCGCGCGCACCUGGAGUACAGCCACACGUACGAGACGCUCUACAUCCUCUCCAAGACAAACAGCAUCUGCGACAGCGCCGCAGCGGCCGCCGCUGCCGCCGCCGCCUCGGGCUUCCAGCUGGCGCCCGAGCCCGCCGCCCUGCUGGCCGUGCCCGGCGCCCGACGCGAGGUCUUCGAGAGCACGUCCUUCCAGGGCAAGGAGCAGGCGACCGGGCCGUCGCCCGCGGCGCCACACCUGCUGCACCACCAUCACCACCAUGCGCCCCUCGCCCACUUCCCGGGCGACCUGGUGCCCGCCAGCCUGCCCUGCGAGGAGCUGGCCGAGCCGGGCCUCGUGCCCGCCGCAGCUGCGCGCUACGCGCUGCGCGAGAUCGAGAUUCCCCUGGGGGAGCUGUUCGCCCGCAAGUCUGUGGCCUCCUCGGCGUGCUCGACGCCACCGCCCGGCCCCGGCCCCGGCUCCUGCUCUGGGCCGGCCUCCGCCUCUCCCGCGUCCCCCUCGCCCGCCGAUGUGGCUUAUGAGGAGGGCCUGGCGCGCCUCAAGAUCCGCGCGCUGGAGAAGCUGGAGGUGGACCGACGGCUGGAGAGGCUGAGCGAGGAGGUGGAGCAGAAGAUCGCGGGUCAGGUGGGCCGGCUGCAGGCCGAGCUGGAGCGUAAGGCGGCAGAGCUGGAGACAGCGCGGCAGGAGAGCGCGCGGCUGGGGCGCGAGAAGGAGGAGCUGGAGGAGCGCGCAUCGGAGCUCUCGCGCCAGGUGGACGUGAGUGUGGAGCUGCUGGCCUCGCUCAAGCAGGACCUGGUGCACAAGGAACAGGAGCUGAGCCGCAAGCAGCAGGAGGUGGUGCAGAUUGACCAGUUCCUGAAGGAGACGGCAGCGCGGGAGGCCAGUGCCAAGCUGCGGCUGCAGCAGUUCAUCGAGGAGCUCCUUGAGCGGGCCGACCGCGCCGAGCGGCAGCUGCAGGUCAUCAGCAGUAGCUGCGGCAGCACACCCAGCGCCAGCCUGGGCCGCGGAGCUGGGGGAAGCGGCGCUGGGCCUGGCACCCGGGGCCCCGGCAGAUCGAGAGAACACCACGUGGGCCCGGCCGUGCCUAGCACAUACGCGGUGUCACGGCAUGGUUCCUCUCCCAGCACAGGGGCCUCCAGUCGCAUCCCAGCUGCAUCCCAGAGCUCAGGUUGCUAUGACAGUGACAGUCUGGAGCUGCCCCGGCCAGAAGAGGGGACCCCUGAGGACAGUGGCCCCGGGGGCUUGGGCACACGGGUCCAGGCUGCCAAUGGUGGCUCAGAGCGGGCCCAGCUCCCGCGCAGCUCAGGCCUGCGGCGCCAGGCCAUCCAGAACUGGCAGCGCAGACCCCGCCGACACAGCACGGAGGGGGAGGAGGGUGACGUCUCGGAUGUGGGCUCCCGAACCACUGAGUCAGAGGCUGAGGGCCCCUCGGAUGCCCCUCGCCCUGGGCCUGCUGUGGCUGGGCCGUUGAGCAGCUGCCGGCUCUCAGCCCGCCCUGAGGGAGGCAGUGGGCGGGGUCGACGAGCUGAGAGGGGCAGCCCCUCACGCUCCAAUGAAGUCAUCAGCCCAGAGAUCCUCAAGAUGCGAGCGGCCCUGUUCUGCAUCUUCACCUACCUGGACACACGCACACUGCUCCAUGCCGCCGAGGUCUGCCGGGACUGGCGCUUCGUGGCUCGCCACCCUGCCGUCUGGACACGGGUGCUGCUGGAGAAUGCCCGAGUCUGUUCCAAGUUCUUGGCAAUGCUGGCUCAGUGGUGCACCCAGGCCCACUCGCUGACACUGCAGAACCUGAAGCCCCGGCAGCGGGGCAAGAAGGAGAGCAAAGAGGAGUAUGCCCGGAGUACCCGGGGCUGCCUGGAAGCAGGGCUGGAGUCUCUGCUGAAGGCGGCAGGGGGCAACUUGCUGAUCCUGCGCAUUUCCCACUGUCCCAACAUCCUCACGGACCGUUCGCUCUGGCUGGCCAGCUGCUACUGCCGAGCCCUGCAGGCUGUCACCUACAGAAGCGCCACAGACCCGGUGGGCCAUGAAGUCAUUUGGGCCCUGGGCGCGGGCUGCAGAGAGAUCGUCUCCCUCCAGGUGGCGCCACUUCACCCCUGCCAGCAGCCUACGCGCUUCAGUAACCGCUGCCUGCAGAUGAUCGGUCGGUGUUGGCCCCACCUCCGGGCCCUGGGGGUCGGGGGUGCCGGCUGUGGGGUGCAGGGCCUGGCAUCACUCGCGAGAAACUGCAUGCGGCUGCAGGUCCUGGAGCUGGACCACGUGUCAGAGAUCACCCAGGAAGUGGCGGCGGAAGUCUGCCGGGAAGGCCUGAAGGGACUGGAGAUGUUGGUGCUCACGGCCACCCCUGUCACCCCCAAGGCCCUGCUGCAUUUCAACAGCAUUUGCCGGAACCUCAAGUCCAUUGUGGUCCAGAUUGGGAUUGCCGAUUAUUUCAAAGAACCCAGCAGUCCUGAGGCCCAGAAGCUGUUUGAGGACAUGGUGACAAAACUCCAGGCCCUGAGACGGAGGCCCGGCUUCUCUAAGAUCCUGCACGUCAAAGUGGAAGGCGGCUGCUAACCCGGGUGGGGGGCGGCAGGGCCCCUGCCAGCCCCACGCCAGGGCGCUCUCUUUGGACCUCCAGAGGGACCCUGAUUUGGACUUGACCUUUGGAGGCCUAGUGAUAUCCUCCCCGGCCUCCAGGGAGGGGUUGUCAGUCUCCUGUCCUCCUGCUGGGACAGUGGAGCAACAGGCCUGACCCUGAGCACAGCCCCUCCUGGGCAGGAGAUCAGACAGAAGCUGUCCCCUGACUCCCCCCACCCCCACCCCCAGCUGGAGCAGCCUUCUGGGCACAGCCAGAGAAGAGCUGGGUCACCACCAGCACUCGGUGUCAUCGCUCUGAAGAUCUGCAAUAACCAACCACCCAGGGCUCCUCAGCUGCUCAGUCGGCUGGGGCAGGCCUCUCCUCUCGGAGGUCCGGCCUCCUGGUCGGGGGCCUCUGCUGGACCCCAGGCCAGAGGGUUGCUCCACCCGGCAGCUCAGACUUGCAAGGAGGGCUCUUCUCUCCCCCAGCCCUGUCCCAGCCCGCCGUGGGGCUCCCCCUUCAGGCAGCCCUCGGGGCUCUGGGUCUGCAUUCUCCAGGGUUAAGAGACAGGCAGAGGGGUCUGAGAAGGUGGUCCGCCCAGAGUGGGAGGUGGGAGCGCAGUGAGUGAGUGGGAGUGGGCUUGGGAGGACAAAACAUUCAUCCAGGACUUUUCCCCAGGACAUCAAGACCCCCACUCCCAAGAGGGGGCUGUUGCCAGGUUGAGAACACUUAGUGUUUUUAUUGCUGUAGGAAAAAGACCCCUCCCAGCUGCCAGGUACCCCACGACACACCAGAACUAAAUUCAGAGCUAAAAGGUGCAUGUUUCUAUAUCUUCCACCAGCCCUGAGCCUCUGGAGGGGCGAGGUCCCAGCUGGGAACUGCUGUCAGCAAUGAGAAACAGAUCGUGUCCUCAAGGAAUGUACUUCUAACCCAGGUGCUUGGGCAGGAAUCUGAUGGCCUUUGGGUCCCCAAGGCUCUGGGGAAGGGAGUCACUAGGCUGCCCUCUGUGCAAGGACCUGGAGGAGCCCAGAAGAGGCGUGGUUUGGUUUGGUUCUCAUCUGGCUAGCUUGCUUGCAGUUGUGGCCUUGGUAGGGAGCCAGACCCAUGGGGCCAAGAAUGAGGAUGAGCCCCCCUCAUCGGACUUGCUCCCUCCAGUCUCUGCUGGCCCCACGGGCUGAGGGCUGUGUUGGGCAUCUUCCACGUGGGGCAGUGCUGGGACCUGAGCAAGACCAUUGGCUUAAUACGCAAAUGGGGGCCUUCAUUGACCCUUGCAUGGUUCCCAAAGGACCAGGUCCUGGCACUAUGGCUUUAAAGACUCAGGUGUCCCCAGUUCCUCCUCUCAGGACUCCCACAGUGAUACAAAAGCUGUGGGUCCUGCCAACCUUCAUUUGGAAAGUUCUUUCAAACAUUAACCUAGAUCCAUCUUAGGGGUUCCUUCUCUCCUGUUACAGGAUGGGCUCUCAGCCCUGAUCAUUAGGCCCUUGGUCCUGGCUGGGGCUGGGCUCCUCUAGUUUCUCAGUCUUUUCCAGGAACCCAACUCUGCCACAACCUGGCAUGGACAUAAAGACCUGCCCUGGGGUCCCCUCCAACGAGGCCUCCAGAGCUGGGACCCCAUGGGAUCAGCAGUGUGCCAAGCUCCCCCGGCUCCCCACCCAGCUGUGUCCCAGCUCUUUUCAUUGUUGAUGAUUUUCCUCCCAUGGCUCAUUCUAGCCCUGCCCUUUGAAGACCUGAACUACCAAGGGUGUCGUGCUGGCAACUCCCUGUCCAGUCCUGCACGAAGCCUUAGCUGUGUGGCAUCCCCACCCCAGAGCACCUGGUUCCAUUGGCUCCUAACUCCCCAGCCUUGUCUCCAGGAGUCACGGAGGAGAAGCACAACUUUGUUCUGGGGCCUGGAAAGGAGGUGGCAGUCCACUGGGCCUGGCUGCCCUGGGUGUGUCUGCUCUGCUUUGCCACCUGCAUCCUCAGAGCCCCGGCUCCCUGUGACCCCAGGACCAGAGGUGCUCCCUCCCUGUCUCCUGGACAAAGCACAAAGGGAUGCCCUGCUUGGCCUGAGGCUGUACUACUGAGGGACUUUUUCUACCCCAGGAAGCCUCCAUCUCUGAAUGCAGGGCUUUGGGCAGUUUCUCCCAGGGAAGAUGCCCUCCGGAAUGCCUGGUAGCAGUUCUGGGAAAGGCUAGAAUGCACGGGUAGUGGGUUCGAGUGGGUGGGAGGUGGUGCUGAAAAGGACUGACCCUUGUCCUGGGGCCAGUGCCCCUGCCCACGGGAGUGAUGGGUCACAGGGUCCCACUGCACACCUGCGGCUGACAGACGGGUGUGCCCCGGCCUUCGUGUCUGCCCCUGGGAACUAGAGGGUGUGCAGGCUCCCCACCAGAUCUAUGCUAUUUUUUUGCCUCCCAUCGGGGGAAGGGUGCUGUCGGAGUGGGGAGUUUUGAUUUGCUCGGAUGCUCUACUUGGUCACUUUAGCAGCCACACAGCUAGGGCUGAAGGUGGGGGGCAGGGAUAGAAGGCCUGGCCAUCCGUAGGAGCCCCUCAUCCUUCACUCCUCUGUUAUCUCACACCUGAUGGGAUGCAGAGAGGAACAUCUGAGAGCAGACCCAGGCAAGCCCUGCUCCAGGGGUCCCAGCAUGUGUCAAGGCCCCUGGGUGGUGGCCUCUUGAUGUCCCUACCACCACCUCUCCCCAUCAUAUAGUCCUGCCCAGCACCUGGGAGACUUGGCAGAUGUGGCCUGAGUACAUCAUGCUUUAUUCAGGUUGCCUCCCUGCAGUACUGGCAGAACAAAGGUGAUGCCCUAUGUAUCUGGAUCCCUGAGGGAGAGGGGGCUGCCUGGAGCUGUGCUUUUCACCGGCCAAGAGACCACCCAAGGACCAAGGCAGCUCGUGUUUUCCUAGUCCUGCAAGAGAGUGGAGUUUGAGGCAGCACCCCUGCCACCCCCCCCCCCAGGAAUUGUUAUUUUAAAAAAAGCCGCCUCCUUCCCAAGGCCUGCUGCUCCAAGGUUUGACUCUGUCCUUUGCCUUUGGGGCCUGCCUGUUCUCCUGGUCCUGGUCUCUAGUCUCUGGGCCAUGGGUGAAGAGCCUCCCAUGUCCAAGUCCCUCUCGGGCACUCAGUUGAAGACCUUUCCAGAGUGACUAUUGGUGCCAAAGACCCAGUUCCUGGUGGACUUGGGGUGAAAAAAGGAGCGUUGGGGAGUGGGUGUGGGCCUGCGGGCCUGGAGGCGUUAGCUCAUACCAAUGGGAUCUGUCCCAGCUCAGUCCCCGAUGAGUGUAACUUGCCUCCCCAGAGGCCUGGCACUUCUGUCUUUACCCGCUGGUGGCUGUGCUUUCUCACCCGGCCUUGUCCCAGGCCCCAUUUCUGUAUAUAUUGCUGUGUACUGUGUGUAUGUAUUUAUUCCUGGACAAGUGUGUUCAUCUGCAGCCUUGCUGAGGAUAAGGUUUAGGAUUGGGUGAAGAUCGGAACACCAAGGUCAACGAAGGCACCAGCUCCUAGACCUACCCCAACCCCUUGGGACCCUGGCCAGUCCCAAGACUGCCCCGACAAUCAGGCAGGCUUCCCCGCUGCGAAUCCAAGCCUCGCCUGCCACUGCUGGCAUGGCCCCAGGCCUCAGCUCUGCCCCGGCAGACGUCCUGCAUCCAGGGGCAGGCUGGCCUCGGUGGCUGGCACCAGUAGGCCUGGCUCUGGUGAGCCCUGCUGGCGGGGACCUCCACAACCGGCCCCCAGGCCCUUCCUUCCCCGCAGCCAGGCUACAGUGGUCCUGAGCUGAGACGGGAGCUUCCCCCACCCCAAGCACAUCAGGCAGAGGGGUGGAGAGCAUUUUUGGUUUUGUUUCUGAAGUGGUGCCUGUACCUCCAGCCCCCAGGGGGCCUUCCCUGGCCCCACUUUUCUGCCCCACCAGGGCAUCACCGUCCCAGCACUUUGCUCCACAUCACCCGUAGAUGAUGCCCUCUGCCCAACGUACCCUGUGGAUGUAUUUACAAGGACUCAAGCGGGCAUCAGAAUUUGUGGCUUUGUAUCCAAUAAAAGAUGGUGAAACUGGAA